UCGAAAGUAAUGUUUUCAAGGUCAAGGUAAAGAUGGCGGCCUCCAUGAGACGUUUGGUGCAACAACCGAAACUUUUAACAAUUAACCUGAGAACAUUGACACGGUUUCAAGAAAGAAGUGUUACAACCACAGGUUCUACAUCAAGAGAACGGUUUUCCAAGUAUGGAGGAAGGAACACGGUGACAGUUAUGACUGGGGAUGGAGUUGGACCCGAGCUGCUAAAACAUGUCCAGGAAGUGUUCAGAUAUGCAGGAGCACCGGUUAAUUUUGAAGAAGUGGAGAUUGAUGCUAGUCAAACUGACGAGAGUUUCCUGAAUGAUGCUGUCCUAUCUGUGAGCAGGAACGGGGUCGCAAUUAAGGGAAACAUCUCAACAAAUUAUGACAGUAAUGUGCAAUCUAUGAAUGUUAGACUCAGAAAUGACCUGGAAUUAUUUGCCAGCAUCGUUAAGUGCAAGUCUAUGCCAGGUGUAGCCACUAGACAUGGGAACAUUGACAUGGUCCUUAUUCGGGAAAACACAGAGGGAGAGUACUCAAAUCUUGAGCACGAGAAUGUGCCUGGUGUAAUUGAGAGCCUCAAGAUCAUAACUGAAGCUAAAUCCUCCCACAUUGCCAAGUACGCGUUUGAUUAUGCAAUUCAGCAUGGACGAAAGAAGGUUACAGCUGUCCACAAAGCAAACAUCAUGAAGUUGGGAGACGGCCUGUUCCUCAAUUGUUGUCGGGAAGUCUCUAAGUUGUACCCAACCAUCGAGUUCAACGACAUGAUCAUUGACAAUGCUAGUAUGCAGAUGGUCUCCCGUCCCCAGCAGUUUGAUGUAUUAUUGAUGCCCAAUCUCUAUGGCAACAUUCUUAGUAACAUUGCAACUGGACUGGUAGGAGGGUCAGGUGUCGUUCCUGGAGUCAACAUCGGCAGAGAUUAUGCUGUAUUUGAAAUGGGUACUCGUAACACUGGAGAGACGCUGAAAGGGAAAAACAUUGCCAACCCUACAGGAAUCCUGCUGGCUGGGUGUGACAUGUUGGACUACCUUGGGCACUACAGGCAUGCGACCUUGAUCAGAGAAUCUGUUCUUGCAGUUUUGAAUGAGAAGCAGAUUCACACCCCAGACCUGGGUGGACAGGCAACGACUUCGGACGUCGUGCAGGCAGUUAUUGAGGAGCUCAGACCUCGCACUGACACAUGAAACAAUAGAAAUUCACUUCCAAAUGCCUAGCAUAGAGAAUGAUUCCCCUAGCUGCGUUGUGCUACCUUGUGCAAUUCACAUCCUCGAAACCAGCAUAUUGACUGAAAGAUGGAAACUUUGAACUUUAUCUGUUUUAAACAAUUUCUUAUCUAUUGAGUGAAGGAUUUUGAUUUUUAAAAGAUCAAUGGAAGUUGAUUAAUAAAUCUAUGUCAUGUGUUAGAAUUGCAUCUGUGUAAGGCCACAUGUUUUACUUAAAUUAUCUAAAUUUAGACCCAAGUAAUUCUGUCUGAUUGUAAGGAUUUUUUUUAAGAAAUGUUAUACUUGUAAUCCUGACAUAGAUUCACUUAGCAUGCAUGUUUUCAAAGCUGAAAAAACACAUUUAUGAAAGAAGUUCUUCACUGAAUUUGCUAGUACAGUAUUUUAAAACAUAUCGGAACGUAAUUAUGUGUCUACUACUACAUAAAAAAUAGGUGGUAACAUACCUUUAAAUAUUCCAUUUUCAUCUAAAAUUUGAAGAAAAAAUACUUGAGAUUACCGUAGCAUGUUUUAUUCUGAUCUUUCAGUGCUGAUAGUUUAAGUUUAUUUUUCAAUUUUAUAAAUAGGAUCUGUUAUUUAUUGUUUUACAUGUUGUAUUGAUUUUAUGUUCAAUAAAACUUUUAAGAAUA